UGGAAUUUAACCUUGUCGGUGCAUUUAACUUCGACCUUCAUGGGGGUGUCCCCUUCUGGAAAGGAUAGUCACUAUGAACGAAAAUCUAAAACUAAGCACAAGCAUAAACACAAGACAAGAGACAAAACUAAAAUAGAGGAUGAAGAGUCCCCGCAUUCUGAAAGGCUCAAACGAGAGCACAUCGAUAAACGGUCCCACCACACUACCGGUGUCAAAAUUAAGAAAGAACCUGAAGAGUCCUACAGCCCACCUCAUAAGCGAAGAUUAAACAAUCCUGUAAUAUUGAAAUCUAAGUCCCCUCGGAGAGGUGGUAGAGUUAGUUCUCCAGUUAUCUUAAGAGAUAAUGAAAAUAUUUCUGAAUCCCAACCUAAUCUUGGGAAAAGUGGGUUGUUAGACAAAAAUCCAGGAACAGUUGUUAAACAGAAAGCCAAUUUUGAAUUAUCAGGCAAACUUGCGGAGGAUACAAAUGUUUUUAAAGGUGUUGUAAUAAAAUAUAACGAACCAGAAGAUGCUAGAAAACCUACAACACAUUGGAGGCUGUAUGCCUUCAAAGGAAACAAAACACUAUCCGUACUGCAUAUACAUAGGCAAAGUGGAUUCUUAAUUGGUCGUGAUCGGAAAAUUGCCGAUAUUCCUAUGGAUCAUCCAAGUAUUUCCAAACAGCAUGCUGUGUUGCAGUAUAGACUUGUUCGUGGCCUCAUUCGCUUGUAUAUCAUAGAUUUAGAGUCAGCAAACGGUACUUAUUUGAACAACAACAGAAUAGAAUCUCGUCGUUACUAUGAGCUCCUUGAGAAAGAUGUAAUCAAGUUUGGUUUCUCAACACGUGAAUAUGUUGUCAUGACAUCAGAAACUGACAUGGAUGAUUCAUCUUAAUUAUUUUUGAUGUACAGUCUUUGUAAAUAUAUGUUGAUUAUUACUGAACCUUUUUAGGAUUGAACUUAAUUCGUCAAACUGUGUUGUACCUUAUCUAAAGCUUUAAUUAGAAUGAAUGAUGGGCUCAAGUGA